CAGUCCUGUUAGGCAUCUGUGCGUUAAUUUUUCUCAUCACAACGCUCCAACUAAGCGAAUGCCAGAUGAGCAUUAAUCAAGCAAUGUUUCGGAAAAGUCAACAGAAAUACUUAGCAAAUCAUGUCAUUAAUUCGCAACAUGCGAAUACCGAGUUGGAAUGCUCCAUGCAUUGUGUUGGUGAUCAAUCGUGUGCUUCAGUGAAUUUUAAAACCUCUGGAACCGGUAAAGGUCUUUGUGAGCUCAACAGUAAGACAAUUAAAGCGAUAUCUUACGUUGAUGGGAGCAUGAAUAACCCAGAAUUCAACCAUCUUUACAAAGUUAAAGAAAAGGCUUCUGGUGUUCCGCCAACCUCAGAGGAAGUGUGCCUUAAGAAAAAACAUGAUAUUUUGAUGGUUGUUGAUGGGUCUGGCAGCGUCGGGGAAGCAAGUUUUGACAAAGUCAAAGAAUUCAUCCAGAAAGUUAACACAAAGUUUGAUAUUGGGCCAGGAAAGACACAGGAAGCGCUAGUGCAGUUUGGUUCUCCAUCAGAUACACGAAUCGAGUUCAAUCUUGGGAAAAAGAAGACGUUGGAAGAAGUAAAUCAAGGAGUUGAAGACAUCAAAUUUCUGAACUCGGGUACUACCGCAACUGGGGAUGCUUUAAGUAAAAGUAGAGACAUGGUAUUCAACGGAACUGGUAAUGACCAUCCUGACGCCCCAAACGUCCUUGUACUCUUCACAGAUGGCAAAAGCAACGAUCACCAGGGUGUUGACUACCAAGUUGAACAAGCAGAUAUGUUGAAAAAUGAGGGUGCGAAAAUUAUUACAGUGGGAAUGGGAAAAAGUGUUAUAACAGAGGAACUUCGUACGAAAAUGCGGCAAAUAGCAAGCACGGCGGCUGAUAGUGGUGAGCCUCUGAUGUUUGAAGCAAGUUAUGCAAAUUUCGAUUCGAUUGCUAAUAAUAUUACCACUGCAAUCUGUAGCGUGUGAAGCGUAUAAAAUAUGUGGAAUCCUACAGAACUAGAAAUCCGUUGAAACAUUGUUAGCAACAAUCGUAUUUAUUUAUAGCGAACGAUAAAACUAGGGAAUACAUAUAAUUAUAUUCAUGCGGGUCCCCAUUUCUGGGUCACCCUGUUGCAGCUUAACUGCAAGAAAAAUUAAUAUGUAAAUUUUAAUCUGCACGAACCACACAAUAUACCAGGUAUACAAUAUACUGUAUAUACGACAGGAUGCAUUGGCUAGCGUAGAAAUUUUCACCCCCAAUGGCCGGAUCAAUGUAAACAUAUUGAAAUAAGCUAUGCGGAACGUACUGUGACUGCAACGUCUAUCUGAUAUGGAAAGUAAUCCGGUACGCUACUAAUUCAAUAUCGUGAAACUGGGGUCUUAACGCCGGCCUGUUUACAUGGAGCCACUUAAUUAUUUUUUUUUCUCUCAUGAGUCAAACAUUCAUGUAUUAUUCAGUUGCAUAAUAUCUAUAA